AUGGGUCGCCCUCUCGCAAGCACGAAGUCGGCGAAGAAAGGCCACUCGUCGGCGCUGGCAACAUCGUCAUUGCCGUCUUCUUCAGCGUCACUGAAGCGGUUUGCUGAGCUUAUCCCCCUGGACAUCGACAUCGAGAAGGCGCGACAGAUCACACUUAAAGGGAAACAGCUGGCUAGUCUUCCUCCCAACUUGGGUGUGCUGCUGCGCGAGGUGCGGCGAGUUGAUCUCUCGGAAAACAACCUCCGCGAUGUUGCGCCGCUCGCCGUGCUGCACCACCUCACCUCUGUGAACUUGUCUAAGAAUCCGCAGCUGUCUUCCAUCGCGCCGCUUGCCCCCCUGCGACUGACGGUAUGUGUCGUGGCGCACUGCAGUCUGCGCUCCCUCACCGGUCUCGAGGGCAGCGCCCCGACACUCAAGUCCCUCGUUGCAAACGAUAACGAGUUAGUUCUUCAGUCGCCCACAGGGUGCGCCGUUGCGAACGCGAAGACCGAUGAUGUUGCGGUGGCGGUGCAGAACUACGAGGCGUUAGGCGCGCUUACCGCAUGCGAGACAGUGGUGCUGUCACGCAACCCUCAACUCUGCGCUUUGUACGCCACCAAGGAGACAGACGAGGAGGCGAAGGAGGAAGAGAAGGACAAUAAUAAUAACAACAACGACUCCGGCGGUGACGGUGGUCACGACAAAAGGAAGAGGAAAGGCUCCUCGAACGAAGCGCCACACCGAGAGGCGGACUGGGCACACCCGCUCUCCGUCCUUGAGAAGAUGCCGCACCUCAAGAAACUCUCGCUCAGUGAGUGCGGGUUGGUCUCGCUGCCCUCCCACUGGUUUCUCCCGAUGGUAACAGAGCUGCGGCUGAGCCACAACUCGUUGCAGAGCCUUCUCCCGGAGGGUGUCAUUUUUCGCUCGUUGAAAAUACUUGACGUUAGCCAUAACACCCUCACGCAUCUCUCGACGUUGCGCCGGUGCCGCUUCGUUCGACAGCUAAGCAUCGUUGGCAAUCCGUUUCUGAAAGACGAUGAUGCAGCGCCACCAACGGAAGGUGAAGAGACACCCACAAGUUUGAGAGUGCCUCCCAGAGUUGUGCGGUAUCUCACACGAGUGAUGCCGUACUUGGAGGUGGUGGAUAGCAAGCCGCUGUCCUCACUUCAGUCAAGUGACGCAGUUGAGGAGAGUCAUCAUUCGGAGGAUAUAACUGCGGGCAGCAAGGCGGCUAAGGAUGCUACAUUGAAGCAACAAGAGGACCAGCCUGCGGAGGACAAGGAUGUCGUGGUGGAGCCACCUGUAUCAGUAGUGGAGACGGUGCGGGCGCCGAUUGUGCGGCGAGAGCGCACGAACAUGCUGACGCAGCGGAAGCGGGAGCUGGCGGCUGAUGGUGCUGCGGUCGCUCAGCUUAUGAUGAGGCGGAAGACUGAGGGCGCGAGCUGGUAA